AUGUCAUUGCUAGUUGAUGUGAAAGCACGAUUGGUUGAUUUGAGGAGUAAUGGCUGGGAGGAACUGUUUGCUGAAGUAAAAACAUUUUGUGAUGCAAAGAAAAUUGAGAUACCAUCUAUGAAUGCACCAAGACCAAGAUGGGGUCGUUCAAGGCAAGAAAAAGGGAUAAUGGUCACAGAAGAGCAUCAUUAUCGUGUCGACACCUUCUAUGCUGCUGUAGAUGCUAUCAACACAGAGAUGGAUCAUCGAUUCAAUGAAGUUUCUUCUGAUUUACUUGUAUGCUUUUCCUGUCUUGAUCCAAGGAACUCUUUCUCUAAGUUCAAUGUGGACAAGCUCGUACAAUUGGCAAGGAUCUAUGAUGCGGACUUCUCGGGUGAUGAUCUUUCCAAUAUAAAGGAUCAGCUUCAAACCUUUAUUCAUCAUGUUAGAAGAGUUGAUGACUUUACCGGUUGCAUUGAUUUUGGGAGUUUGUUGAGCUAG